GCUGUCCAAGUCCAGGAUCAUCAAUCAUCUUUGCGGUACCGGCUGGUUACUGUAGGAGCUGUAUGAUGGUGCGACAUUGCUGAACGAAGUCUGCGUGCGCCUCGGUCUUGCCAAUUCGGCCGAGACUCAUGCCCGUACCUGCCACUGUGAUAAUUGGCAACUUGGCAAACUCUUGGCACCUAACUGCACGUUGCCAUUAAUAUUAUUUGGCAGGCAUACUUGGUAAUAGCCUCGGUGACGUGGCAGAAACAAAUUGGGGACCCUCCUCAAUUGCUUCUACUACAGGUGUUGUUGGCAGAACUUUAUUGCUUCCCACGGCUAUAAUAUCCAGACCAACGUUGGGCCAAGGACUCGUCAAUUCAUGCCAACUUCGAUCAUAUGGAAAGGUUCACGCAGCCAGCUUAUAUGUCCUGUUGUUAUAAAGCCUGACUAGGCCCACUCUUUCCUCUCCAAAUCGCUCAUCAUGUUAAACAUUGGCGGACAUGUUUUAGCACUAGAAGUUAUCGCAACCACGGAGUCCACUAUUGAUCGACUCACGUCUCUUACGUUGAAAGCGCAGCGUAUAAAAACAACGCAGCCUGUUGAUCACGCUGCGGGCAGUACUACUGAGAGCGUUGCGACUAAUCAACCUGUGAAUGCCCCAGCAGCGGUUCGUUCAAUCGACAUAACGGGACAACCACCAUUGUCACUGUCUUCACAUGCGUCAUCCAGUAACGUGGCACAGACGCCCCCACGGGGAAGAAACGUUGUUUUCUUCGGUGAAACGGGUUCAGGCAAGAGUUCAAUCAUCAAUGCAAUUGCACGGAAACAGCUCGCGGAGACAUCCGACAACGCAACGGGGUGCACCUCAGGCCACAAACGCUACCCAGUAACAAUUUCCGACCAGAAAUUCGUCCUGUUUGACACCGCGGGUCUUGGAGAGGGACCUGCAGGCACAGUGCCAGACGCGGUGGCCAAAAGACAGUUAAAGAAAUUGCUGCGUCGCCUCAUGAGCUCUAGGUCGCCCUCAGAUGGCAUUGACCUUCUGGUGUACUGCGUGUCGUUCAGAACGACCGCUCUCGUUCGGGCCUACAACAUGUUUUACUCCAAGGUCUGCAAGAAGAAGGUCCCAAUCGUCAUCGUUAUCACAGGAUUGGAGAACGAGCCGAACAUGGAGAACUGGUGGGAUAAAAACAAGGGUAAAUUCAAAAGCAUGCAUUUCGCAGCCCAUGCUUGUGUCACUGCACUUCAGGAAUACCCAGGCAUCCCAGACGACGUCACUCGUCGCAUCGCAGAGUCGAGUGACACUCUAUGCAAUCUUCUUGUCAACAAUUGCAAGCGUUGGGCUGUCAAUGACAGUUGGUUCAAUCGUAUCGCAGGUUUAUAGUGCGCCUCAUCGUCGUGGUCAAAGGACUGAAUGUGCCCACAACAUGUUCCUGUACGGUCUCCAUAUUAUCCCGUCGUUU